UGCGGGCUUGCAAGAGAGAUCCUUGGCUGUGGCCGAUGAAUGACACGGAGGGGAGGGGAGAGUUGUGUCGGCGGGGAGGGGAGAGGUGUGUUGCAGGGGAGAGGUCGCUGACAUCCACAAGAAUGUCUGUACCUGUGGCGAUAACGACGCUUUCCUUGGACACGUCAUUCACGUUGGGGGCAGAUCCCCGACAGAUGGCUGCAUUUGCCGAUUUGUUCCCAAAGCUGACCACACUCCACAUUUAUGUCUGGAAACCAAAAUCAUGCGACGAGCUCGCCAGCGUAAUCACCUGCCUUUUGCACGCGUUGCCUUUGUUGCGCACCUUGCACAUCGAUUGGGUUGAGGAGGUCCCAUACCCAUUCACGGGGUUUGUCAAUUGGGAGGAAAUCAAGAGAUGGUGGCGGGAUCAUCCACAGAAUGCCAACAUAGCUCAUCCUCAAGCCAGUUAUCAUGCCGGAGAGGACAAAGACAAGAAAGAGGACGAAGGGGAGGAUGGCGAGGAUGAUGAGCAUGAGGAGAAGGGAUGGAAUGUGGAGGAGGAGGAGGAGGAGGAGGAAGAGGAUAAGGAGGAGGAAGAGGUAGAUGGAGAGGAGGAAGAGGUAGAUGGAGAGGAGAAGGCCGACGGGGGAGAAGUACUAGGGCAAGGGUGGUCGCCAUCAUUUCGUGCUGAGCAUGAGUUGCAUCCCCUUCGGCAUCUUGUGAUUGGAGGGACAGAAACUUCUGAGACUCUGCUUGGAGUGAGAAGACAUUUUUGCUUCACUCCGGAGCGGUUUGAUAUCGUUUUCCAACAGAUUCCAUACUUACAGGCUCUCACAUGCUUUGUCGCAUCAAGGGGAUUCUCCGUGUGUUCUUCAUCACUCAGGUCGCUUGACAUGCUGUGGGACCAAUCCAUCAACACUGUGUGGAUCGCAGGCAAGCAUCCUCGCCCAGUGAAUACCAUCGACUGCCCCAAUUUAGAGCAGCUCACCGUUGGGAAGUACUCGAAGCGCUACCACAACCUGCACAUUAGCUGCCCCAAACUGAAAGAUCUUACCAUCACGAGAGAUUUCGAUCUGCUGUCCGAACCAACUUGCGCAUGUAAACGGCGCAGCAAGACAGCUGCAGGAGGUCGCGCUCGUGCUCACGGUGACGUACCCUCCUCCUGGACCGUUGGUGAUUCCCGGAAUGAUUCUAACGAUUCUUUCUCGUUUCCCUCAGGCUGCACCAACUUCAAUUCGGAGUCCCAUAAUCGGUUCUGCUCAUUGCCAUUGGAUAGCCUCGUCUCUCUCUCCCUGAACGACGGUCGGAUUUCCGAGGAAGACCUCUGUCAUCUUCUCUUCUGCCACAUUAACAGCUUUGAAAACCUGCAUUUAGAUCUCUCCCACAUCACCCGUGCGCACUGUCCGAUAUCUUUGGAAACGGCACUUGCAAUUCGAGACGUACAGCCGCAAGAACAUCAAGACUUGCUUCCAAAUUCGCUGAAUGAGGGCUUAUCGGGCGAUGGAUAUGAACUGAGACGGUCUUCAUUCAAUGGCGAUCAUGGCAAGCAAAAAUGGUUCUCUUCUUCUUCUUCUUCUUCUUCUUCUUCUUCUUCUUCUUGUACUGCUUUAGGGAGGCAUGCCUCCGGUGAGGAUGACAAAUUGGUUACCUUUUGUUCCACCGGUCCUUGUUUGGGAAUCUCGGGGACAUCGUCUCAUGGUGACGUGGCUCCUGCUGCUGCUGCAACUGUUUCUGCUGCGAAGAUCGGCGGCACCUGUCCACCAGGCAGUGCGUCAAGUUGUUCUGCUGCGGCCCCUAUUUGCUUUCAGAGAAUGAAAUCCUUGUACCUGAGCUCACAUUUCAUGGCACUGAUGGAGGAAUAUUAUAAACGGGUCGUGGCAGCCAGCUCAGCAGAGUUGUCGUUCCCGUACGCAGCAUCGCAUCCUCAAUCCCGGUGCCACAAGCACCUUGAAGUCGGGAAAGGUAAGCCUGCAGAGUCGGAGUCUUUGCGCCUGCCUCUUCUGACGUCAGAAGCAACACAAUCUGCAGCAUCCAGUGGUAGAGAGGAGUCUCAGAGAGAGAACUUCAAGCGUGAUCGUUCUGGGACUCGAGGCUGGUGCAGCGCGUUUUUCAUUUCUCCUCAGCUGGAAAAGAUUUAUCUUUGCAGAUGCAUUCAUAAAGACUGUCGGCGUUGUCAUUUCCCACCGGAAUUUCCAAACCUGCGCAGCAAAGAAGAGGACGCGGCGGCGGAGGAAGAGAAUGUUGUGGCAUUGGUUGGGAUGAUCGGAUGCUUUUUGACAUCCUGCGGUAACUUGAAGACGGUGGGAGGAGACAUUUAUAAAUCGACGGUGAAUUGUGAUCUUAUGGUGAAGGAUCUAAAGGCCUCUUUUCCAGGUGUGAAUUUCCAACUUCAGCUGCAUAAUAGAUCUUGUUUCUAGUCCCUUUUUCUUUAAAUUCGUUUUCUGUUCCGGGACCCCGAUUCUUUUUUUUUUUUUUUUUUUUUUUUUUUUUKUUCCCCCGAUUCUGGCGAGAGCCAGUGAGGUGCACCUGCACCAGCAGGACACCUUGCGUCCACGCUUAGGGAGGGAGAGGAAGAGAAUGAAGACCCUUGUGUUUGUACAAAAGGCCAGGCCUCACUGGUCUUAUGUUCAUGCCAACAAAGCACGAACAUGGCCACUAUUAUGACCAGGUGCAUGCUCUUCAAGCCUGAACAAAGCAGCUGAAAGGCCUGUCAGUGAUCCAAAAUGGCGGAGCAAGGCUCUUUUACUUCAAUUAUCUUACGUUGCUGGAACUAAUCAGUGCUGCUGCCUCAGGGUCCCUUGCGUCUUGACCAUAUGAAAGGAAGCGCCAAGUGCAUAAUAUCUGAUGUAAGGGGCAGUGGACCCCUUUAAAAUUUCCUGUAAUGAACUCAAACCACAAGU